AUGGCUUCUAUGCGGCGGACGAAGAACUUUGCCCUAGAUGGCCAGACACCAAUAUUCCUUUACUCUAUCCUCAAACAGCUCGACCUCAGAUCAAUUGACUGGAAUCUGGUGGCUGAAAGUCUCGACAUCUCCAAUGGCCACGCCGCACGAAUGCGCUAUAGUCGGAUGAGAACACAAUUUGAAGGGAUGUCAAAAGAGGCCAAACCGCCCAAACCCAAGAAGGACAACGAAGCCAAGGCUGCGAAAGAGAAGGCUGCAAAAGGCAAGAGAGCUCUAUUGGAAGAGGAGACUGAGCGGCUGGGAACAGACAAACACAGUGUGCGAGCCUCCGGACAGGCACACAAAAGACCAAAGAUUGGCCACCAGCACGGUAGCAACCCAUGGGUAUCUUCGGUCAUGCCUGGUCAACAAUACACAAACUCCUUCUGGCCUCAUCCGCAUCUUCCAACCAUCAAGGCUGAACCGACGACGGAUAACGGCUCAAGCGUAACCACCGCACCUCUCAUCAAGAAGGAUCCGGAAAUCUUAGAGACGUUCAACAACAGCAACGGUGAAACUCAUAUCAAGCAGGAGCAGACUGUCAAAGAGGAGCCAAAUACCAACGAUGACGUCCUUCAAGAAUUACCGCCUGUGCAGCCAUCCACUGAGGAGAAUAACGAACUUGCCGCCAUUGCGAUGAAGCAGGACCCAUCGUACCCAACGACAUACUACUAUCCAACCUACCGGUACGGCAAUGUGCCUGGCGCUUUCCACCAUCAAAAUGCCCCCGGGUACUACCAAACCUUUCCCAUGCCUGCGGGCCACUCUGCUUACCCGAUGCAGCAAACAUACGCGUACAAUCCAUGGAUUGGCCCACGACAAAGCAUCAAUCCAUGGACUCAGUCUGCAAUGGCGGCACCAAUUGCACCAGCUGCUGCAACGACCACGGCCCAUCCUGAGAACAUGAUUGACAAUCAUAUCCCACUCAACCCGCACGCCAGCUCUUAUGAAGACUUGCUCAAUAUGCCGCUGUACACGGGAACUCCCCACAACUUCCAAUUUGACGUCACAACUCCAGAACUGAUUCUUGAGGAUCAGAACGUGACCGAAGCUUUGGUCAGCACUCCAGCUCAAGAUGCUACAGCAGUGGCAGUUGAACAACCAACAACAAACCUGUCUAAGGAGUCACAACCAGGGAAGGAGAAAACAAAGUCUAGCUCACCGCCUGUUCUUGAUUUGAGCAGCGACACUGUACCGGGGCAGCCCUUUCACCAGAACGCUAUCGAGAACAGUUUGUCAGAGGAGCAGCCCAAGACUACGACCGAACUGACUUUGGCCUCGGGCGUGAAUACUGACGCUCAAGUUUCACCAUCUGGUCUCGUCGUUGAUGGAGACCAGGCAAACGUCGGCAACGAGGCAGAUGCCGAACACGACGUUGACGACGAGCAGCAGGCCACCACCAUUCCCAUUGUUGUCGAAACCGAGAAAGAGUCAAGUGUUGUUGUGAUCGAGUCCGAGGCAGGUGCAAUUGAGGCCGACAAAACAAUGGUCGUGAUCAAACCUGAGCUGGUCGAGAUUUUGGAUCCUUGA